AUGAUCGGCCUGCGAAGAGCCUUCGUUUUCAUCACUUUGUUGCUGGGCGCCCACAGCUCGCCUGCACACGUUCCAGAAGAUGACAAUGCACUGAUCAACUGGGACGCGUUCCAAUCGUUACUCGAUACCGUCGAUCCUGCUGCCCUGCAUUCCGUCCUCCACGCGCUCUCCCCAAAAUUCCAAGACGGUGUCUUCAGCAAGGACCGUGCCGCCAUUGAGCAUGUCCACUCCGAGAACCCCAUUAUUGCAAGCAAGCUAGUACACCUCGCAAAGAAGAGGCAAACAAGCAACUCAACCACUACCGCCUCAACAACACCCUCCACUCCCGCGCAGAGCAGUGCUGCCUCAGAGUCAAGCUCCCGGGCCGCCAGUGUCUCUUCUAUCCUCUCUUCCGCCAUCUUCGCUUCAACUGUACCAGGAGCCACGACCGUGACAGUUCCACCAACGACUCCGCCCUCUGCAACUCCGGUCGAAACUUCUGAUGGCGCUGUUGUCUUCAGCACGUUCGGGGGCGGCCUGGUGACCCUGACAUCUUCUGCGUUGAGUGUCCACUUUACUCCCAGCACAUCCACCCAGCUCUACUACGCAACUGCCGCAGAUGGCUCAGUUCAGACGUCAACCUCAGUGGUGGUGGUCAAUGCACCGGUGACGAAUAGCGGUGAUGCCACUGGAGCUGCCGGCGCUGCAACCACCACUGGAAGCCCUGGUCUGCAAAAUGGUGGUUCCUCGAUAAGGAUGGGAGGUCUCGCUCCCAUUUUUGCUAGUCUGGGAGGACUGCUCUUCUUUGCGCUAUAG